AUGGACGACACACAUCCCGCUACCGCUGAAGAACUACCUCAAAGACUUCUUGAAUUCAAGCGCAAGUGUACGCAUGGCGACCCAUCGCCGUUGACGAAAUUCCACCCUAGUAAGGCUGACUACACCCGCCUGCACGACAAGCUCGAGGUUACCUUUCGACGCUUCGAUUACAACCCUCGCCGCCAAGUCAUCAGCUUUCAUAUGCCUUCUACCACCCACUACUUUUUUGUUUCAAUGUUUAGAAUGGCUAUAUGGGAUGAAAUUCGCGAGAUCAGCUGCCAGGACCAACGAGCUCGCGUCUUCACUAAGAGCAUCGCCAAUGCCGGGUUCACUCGCCUUUCCCUGGUCGAUGGGAGCGACAACCAGAUGCGCAACGCGAAGGAGUUCAGGCGUCUUGCCAAACGAUACAUCCAUCAUACCGAUGGACAGAUCAAAGUUGUUCUUGGCAUUGAUCUCAACGAAGACAAAGAGUCCACUAUAUCAGUGUGGAAGCCAACGUUCACCCCACUGCAAAACGGCGAUGGAGUUGAAAUGGAUAUUGAACAAGUUUUUCAGUCAGAGCCCUUUCGAGACGCCAACAAGAACCCUGUUGACGGCACCUUGACACUACGCCUUCACGACUUUGCGCCUGACCAUCUAUGUCAAGACUGCCCCAACACCCCCUUCUCAAUCUCGUACCGCGACAUGUCAGACAUGGUGGCCAGCGCCGAAGAGCAUAAACGGGGACUUGAACGAGAGGAGACGCCGGCGUUCCCAGGCCGCGUUGUUCACAAGCGACGCCUUUCAGACAGCUCAGGAGACCGUAUCAAGGCGAAAAAACGUUGA